CAAGGCUUUUAAAUUCGAUAAUAGUCAAUUUGUUUUCUUGAUGGAUAUAAAAUACAAGUUUGUUGAUUUAAUUGGUUCUUCAUACAGAAAUGGACCUGUUCGGUUUUUACCAGAUAAUUUUUCGUUACUUUGUGCAAAUGGAAAUAGAUUAAAAUAUUUUGAUUUGAAAAGGAAUACUUCCUUUACAUCAGAAAUCCAAUUAAAAUGUAACAUUGUUGCUUUUGAUAUAAACUCAACUGGAACACAUGCAAUUGUUGGGGAUGAACGUGGAAAUUGUACUUUAAUACAUUUGGGUAGCGAUGUUAUUCUCUAUAGAAGGAAUUUUCGACAAAAAAUCAGAGCUUUGAGUUUUUCUAAUGAUUCAAAUUUUGUUGCUAUUGGGACACAAGGAAAAGUUUUUAUUUUUUCUGUGGCUGAUAUAUCUGCAAAUCAAUUUGUACCUUUGGCUUUGUUAAAUAGAUUUAUUCAUUCUGAAAAUAAGAUUAAUGCAAUUGGAUGGUCUUUUGAUGGAAGUUUAAUCGCCGUUGCUGGAAAUAGAAUUGUUAAAAUAUUCAAAACAGUACCUGAUUCUUCUAAAAAUCUUGGAGGUUUUACUUUUGGAGAAAGGGCUUCAGUUGUUGGUUUUCUUUCUGUUGAUAAAAGUGGAAUGUGUAGCAUUUUUGAGUUGGAAGAUAAUUCUGAAAAAUUGAUAUUUGAAAGAAAAAUUAGCAAAUGCUUAACUUCUUUAAUUGGCGUUACUACACAUUUGGGGCUUUUAUCCGCCUCCGUUAACAAACAAAAAAAGUUAUUGGCUACUGGAUUUUCAAAUGGAACUUUUUGUAUUUUUGAUAUUCCUGGACUUUCUUUACUACAAAACUUUAGUAUUGGUGAUAAACAAAUAAAUUCAAUUAAUUUCAAUUCUCGGGGUGAUUGGUUAGCUAUAGGAUGUGGAAGGGGAAUGGAUGCACAAUUACUUGUUUGGGAAUGGCAAAGUGAAUCUCAUAUACUUAAACAACAAUCACAUAGUCAAACAAUUACUGCUAUAGCGUAUUCUCCUGAUGGUUCAAUUUUGGCAACUGGGGCAGAGGAUGGAAAAAUCAUCAACUCUGGUGGGCAUCGUAUCGGCUUCGCCUUCAAGACGACCAACCCUCGCCGUCUGAACAUGGACCCGCCCAACGGUGUGCUCGACCCGAAGGAGGCCAUCAACAUCGCCAUCUCUUGUGACGCCUUCGAUCCGGCUGCGGAAGCGACCAACAACGAUCGUGUCACCGUCGAAUGGACCAACACACCGGAAGGAGCAGCCAAGCAAUUCCGCCGCGAGUGGUUCCAGGGUGACGGUAUGGUGAAACUUUGGAAUUGUGCAACUUCGUUUUGUACUGUUACUUUUACUGAACACGAAACUGGAGUUACAGAUAUUUGUUUUACUCAAAAUGGAAAAGCUGUAUUGUCUUCUUCUCUUGAAGGUUCUAUUAGGGCACAUGAUUUGAAAAGGUAUCGUAAUUUUCGAACAUUAGUAGCACCUAAACAGACACAAUUACAUUUACUUUGUGCUGAUUUUUCUGGUGAUAUUGUUGCAGCUGCAUCGAGAGAUUUAUUUGAAAUUUAUGUUUGGUCUUUUGAAACAAGUGAAGUUUUGGAUGUAUUGACAGGCCAUUCUAAUUUAAUUAAUGGAUUAACUUAUUAUGAAAAUACUUUAUGUACUGUUUCUUUGGAUAAAACAAUGAAAAUAUGGAAUAUUGUGGAUGGUGGAAAUUGUUUAGAGACUGUUAAUUUAUUAAAUGAGGGGUUGGAUGUUAAAUAUAGUCCAAAUGGAUCUCUUUUAGCUGUUUUAUGUUAUGAUUCUAAUAUAAAUUUAUUUAAUACUUUAAAUACUAGUCAAAUUGGAAUAAUUGAAACAAAAUUAGAUAUUGAUGCUGGAAGGCAAAGAAUUGAUAAAGUUAAAAAGACUACUUCAGAAAAGAAUAAAACAUUUACUUGUAUUGCAUUUUCACCCAACGGUCAAUUACUACUUGCUGGUGGACAAUCAAAUAUUUUUUGUCUUUACAGUGUGGCUGAUAGAAUUAAAGUUCGAUCGUUUAAAUUAAGCAGUAAUUACAGUUUGGAUGGAGUUAAUUUAGAUAUUAAUUAUCGAAAAAUGACAGAAUUUGGAAAUUUAGAUUUAUUUGAUUUAACAGAUUCUGAUGAAGAAGAAACAAAUCCAAAAAAGAGAAUUAGAUUGCCCGGAACAAAACACACCGACCUCUCUGAACGGGCCGUUAGACCAACAAUUUCUAUGUCUAAAAUUGCUUUUUCUCCGAAUGGUUUGGAUUUUGCCGUAGCCUGUACUGAAGGUGUUUGUAUUUAUUCCUUAACAAAACCCCGAAGAUUUGAUCCUUUACAACUUGAAUCAAAUGUUACACCUAAAGAAAUACUUAAUUCAACAAUUAAUGGAGAACAUGUAAAUGCCCUUUCUCUAGCUUUGAGAUUAAAUGAUAAAGAAAUUGUUGAAAGAACAAUUGAAGCAAUACCUGUUGAACAAUUACGUGUUGUUAUUGACAAUUUGGGUAUUUCUUCAGCAGAAUUAUUACUUUAUUGGCUAGCAGCAAACAAAACUGGAGGGCCAAUUCCUUCAAAACAUUUUCAUUUUUAUUUAAUUUUAAUUAAAGAAUUGCUAUAUAAAUAUAGUAAAGAAUUUAAAUUAUUAAUUGAUUUAAAUAAUCCUUCACUAACUGCUAUUCUGGAAUUAUUAACAAGUCAAAGCAAUUUAUUACUUGGAAUGUUUGUUUUUAAUUUAAUUUUUUUUGAAAAAUAAUAUUUAUUUUUUGUGGAAAGGGUAAGGGGUGUUAGGAGUAGAGCCCGGAAUUUCAUACCGAGGAGGUAAUUGAGGGAGGUAACGGCAAAUGUCAUCGA